AUGGAGGGUGUUUCAACUUAUCUCUCUUCUCUUAGCACACGUGAAGCAGUUGUUGAUGCAUUAUAUCGUUUUGUGACGGGUCUUGACACUUCGAACAUUGAACUCUUUGACUCUGCACUAACAGAUGACGCAACGUUCGAUCUGAAUGGUAGAGUAAUGAAAGGAUUGGAAGAAAUUCAUACUUACUGUUAUGAUACAAUCUCCAAACUGGAUACAACACACUUUUUGUGUAACGUUCGUGUUGAUUAUAAAGAGAAAGAAACCACUGCAAAUAUGACUGCCACAGCCUUGGCUCACCAUUAUCCCGAUGCGCAGGGGACUGUUAAGGAUUCGAUAAAUUUUGUUGCGGGUAGUUUGUACUCGGUUCAUUUGGUUAGAAAGGUCAAUGAUGAAUUAUGGCAAAUUGAUCAGUUAACGCUUAACGUUGUUUGGUCAGAGGGAGAUAUGAGCGUGAUUAUGAAGCAAUGA